GCCGGAAGUCCCCUCUGAAGGUUUAAGGGAAGCUGUUUGGUCAACUCUUAAUCAAAACUUUAGAUAGACUUAUUUAACUACAGUUUUACGCCGUGAACAAACAACCUCUUAUCUAAUACAGUUCGUACAUGUUACGCUACCACCAGACGAGUGUAAAAUAACUAUAAUUGCUCCUCAUGGCAUUAUUUUGGGCUAGAAAGCAGUAAUUAGCAGCGCCCUGUUGAUCAGAUCAGGCAGAGGUCGCAGAAGUGCAGUGUAAGCGGUUGGGCUCAGGACUAUAAGAUGACCGAGUACAAGUUGGUUGUUGUGGGAGCAGGUGGUGUAGGGAAAAGCGCUUUGACCAUUCAGCUCAUUCAGAAUCACUUUGUAGAUGAAUAUGACCCCACUAUUGAGGACUCUUACAGGAAGCAGGUGGUCAUUGAUGGUGAGACAUGUCUGCUGGACAUCCUGGACACUGCCGGUCAGGAGGAGUACAGUGCAAUGAGGGACCAGUACAUGAGGACAGGAGAGGGCUUCCUCUGCGUCUUCGCCAUAAACAACAGCAAAUCCUUCGCCGAUGUGCAUUUGUACAGAGAGCAAAUCAAGCGAGUGAAGGAUUCUGAUGACGUCCCCAUGGUCCUAGUUGGGAACAAGUGUGAUUUGGCUAGAACGGUGGACACCAAGCAAGCUCAGGAACUUGCCAGAAGCUAUGGGAUAGAGUUUGUAGAAACAUCUGCCAAGACCAGACAGGGAGUUGAGGAUGCUUUUUACACUCUUGUACGUGAGAUUCGGCAUUACCGCAUGAAAAAGCUGAACAGCAGAGAGGACAGGAAACAGGGCUGCCUGGGCGUGUCUUGUGAAGUCAUGUGACUGCAGUGCCACACCCCUUUGUUUUCUUUUUUAGCAGUUUGUUGACCAGGCAGCUGGAAGUCUUACCAGCACUCAAGGAAGAUGAUUUUUAAGUGGUAAAUCUCAGGUUCGGUUUUUGCUUUUAAACCCUGAGAUUGUUCUCUGUAAUGAGUGACUGCAGAGUGGUCCCUCUGCUGGCUAAAAGGGAUUAAUGCACAACUGGUCAGCCAUCCGUUUACCUGUUGGCAGGCUGUGAUAGAAAAGUGAGGCCAUUUUAGAUUUUACAAUUUUCACCAAGGUUUGUUUAUCUCAUUGAGGGGGGAAAAUAGUUAAAUGGGCAUUUGGAUUAGGCAUGAAAUUCUUCGUUCUUGACUUCUGAGCCCUUUUGAAGACAUCGGUAGUACAAAAUUGAGCUUGUCUUAGCAUACUGUACCUACUAUACAGACAGUCUACUCAUGGUAUUAGUAACAUUUUUGUAUGUUUUUACAAAUAAUUUUUUCCAGAAAUCACCUAAGCCCAUUGCAAAUUCACCUAACUGUAAAAAUGUUUGCAUGUCUAGACACCUAUUUCACAAAGAUCAUUAUUUUUAUUGUUCUCAUGAAAUCUCAGUAAAACAUGUCCAGGUGACAUUUCACUCCAAAAUGAAAGAAAACAAAUAAGAAAUUAAAAAGGAAAUUCAACUUUUUUGCAUUGUGAUAUGAUUGUCAUGAUAUUCAUGUCUCCUGAUGCACAAAUUCUUUAUUUCUUUAUUCUUUAUAAAUAAAUUAUUUAUUUAUUUUGAUAAUUCCUAUAAUUCUCAAUCGUUCUCAUUGCUGUAAUAGUGUUUUUUUAUUAUUAUUAUGAUUAUUAUUUUAUAUAUAAAAAUCUCAAUAGUUCUUCAUUUUCUUAGAGCAAAAUAAAAUUCCUUUUUUCUUUCUUUUUGAUUUUGGGGUGAAAUAUGACUUGAACACAUUCUUUUUUUUUUUUAUUGUUUUAUGAGAUUUAUGAGAUAAGAAUAUUUUCACUAUAGGAGCUGUAUCUUUCAGCGAAGAUAAGGAACUUUAAAGGUGCACUCAGUAACUUUUACCCCAUUAAAAAAAUUUUACCGCUAAAGAAAUUAAUUGUAAUUUUGAAACGUGUGUGAAGUCACGACCGCUCACAUGAGAUGAGGACUCUAGUAAUUUCAGUAACCUUAUAAAAGCUGUUUUAUUCUGUAUGGGGCGGGGGUGCCCUCAUGGGGGCUGCCAUUUUAGAAUCACAUGAUCAGCUGAAUAAAACCUGCUUAAUUUUACUAACCGUCUUGUUAUUGGACACUUUCACUCUUGGAUUAAAUUAAUCAUGGCUGAUUGUGAAUAUUGAAUUUCAUCAAUGGCAUCAGUAACUGAAAACUAUUGAUUUUGAAUAAUGCUGCAUCCACACCACUAGGUGUCACUGUAAAUCCAAGAUGACAAAAAGUUACUGAGUUCACCUUUAAAUUGGCUUUAACGUUGUAGAUUAUCACCAUAAUCUAUAUCUAGAAAUGGAAGCUGUUAUCUUAAAUUCUGUUUUAAGGGUUUAGAUAUCUAUGGCCUGAUGUUGUAAAGGGCUCAGAAUCAAGAAAGUGAUAAGCCCCAUAAUCUUAAUCUGCAGGUUCAAUGCUCAGGAAUACUGUGAAAGCACAAAUACUUAAGAACUGCGUGGGGUUAUAUCUGUUUAUUUCUUUAUCCUUCCCCCAUCCCACCUUUUUUUCCCUUCUGUUUGUUUAAAGAGUUUUAGCAUUUUACUUUUGACAUCGUUUUCUCAUUUCUUUUUUCCUUUUGUCUCAAAUGUCGAUUGUAUAUUUUGACAAAUAAUAAUCUAGUUUAGAAAGAGAAAAGUCGAUCAAAUUUUAAGCAUGGGUGUGAUGGAUUUUACUUAAAGGGCCUUUUAAAUCAUGGUGCUGCUGGUGAACUUGCUAAAUCUGUGUGCCUCCUGUACAGCAUGACAUUCUUCAGCCCUUGAAAUAAUGUCUUAUAUCAUCAAAUGAAAGCUGUAAAAUAAGUUUUAUUUUGUUGGGAAUGUUUAACAGAUCAUCAUAGAGUUUGGUCGAAGAUUCAUAUUAUUGCAAUGGCGUUGCCUGUAAUUGAAGAACUUCAAAGACAGUUGCUCUUCUUGAGAGCCAAUGAAGUUUUAUCGAUAAGUUGAAAUAAUUAUUCAUGUUCUUGACCAUCAUGUUAUUUAUAAGGCAUUUGUCUAAAACGGUCUGAUUUCACCAAGAAUGGAAUCAGCAAUGUUUUCUUAUUAUCAGUACUAGCUUUGCGUUUGGCCUUCUGUCCUAGCACUAACAAGGUCGGGAUGUUUUCUAGCAAACAAACUAAAUUUGCCAAAUCCUUUUUUUGAUUUAUGAGUUAUGAUGUUUUUUGCAGGUUUAGCACAAUUUAUUGGUAUCAUAGAGUCUACCUAAUCAGAUAUUCUGCUAAAUAAUUCUUGUUAAAACUGUUUAUUUUUGUGGAGAAUAUUCCUAUGUAUCAUAUUACAAA